AUACUCUUCAAACCAAUGAAAAAGGAGAAGAAGAAAGCUAAUCCUUAUAACUUGUCUAUACUCUCUCUCUCUCUCUCUCUCUCUCUCUCUAGAUCUCUCUCUAUCCUUCAAAAGCCAAAAGUCGAAGAAUCUAGCAAGUACUGGCUAUGAAGACGUAGAAUUUGCAUCACUUUGUCUGCCUCACGCCGCACGCUACUAGCGCUAACCGGCAGUUGUUGCGCUCUUUCACGUGCUUGCUCUUUCUCAACAUUUCACCCUGUUCUUCUCCUUCUCUCCCAACCGGCCACCUCUUUUGGAGGGAAGACUUACAAUUUCUGGGUUGUGAUUGAAACCAUGAGAAUGUCGCUGCAGAGGAAUUUCUGGGCUGUCGUGUUAUUGUUUAUAGGAGUUGUUGGAGCUAAUCUUUAUAUUGUGGAGGGUCGCCCUCGCCCACAUCGAAUUCUUUUGGAUACAGAUGUUGAUACCGAUGAUUUAUUUGCUCUCUUGUACCUCUUGAAGCAAAACAGAUCAGAGUUUGAGUUGGAGGCAGUCACUAUCAAUACAAAUGCAUGGACUGAUGCUGGACAUGCUGUGAAUCAAAUCUAUGACAUUCUUUACAUGAUGGACCGUGACGACAUUGCUGUUGGAGUGGGAGGGGAGGGUGGAAUACUGGAAGAUGGUACAAUACUCCCAAAUGUUGGAGGAUAUCUUCCUAUUAUUGAACAGGGGACUACAACUAUAGGAUAUUGUAGAUAUAAACAAGCUAUUCCUUUAGGUCAAGGAGGGCGAUUAGAUAUUGAUGCCAAUUAUGGACUCCGAAAAGCUUUCCUCCCACAGGGGAGAAGGAAGUAUGCUCCUCUUCGACAACCUGCUGCUCAGCAAGUAAUGAUUGACAAAAUAUCAGCUGGUCCCAUAACUAUAUUUGUUAUAGGAGCACAUACGAAUUUAGCUAUUUUCCUUAUGAACAACCCACAUCUAAGGAAAAAUAUCAAGCAUAUUUUUGUCAUGGGAGGUGGUGUGAGGUCAAAGAACCCGACCGGUUGUUGCCCACAAAGUGCUAGCUCAUCUUGUGUGCCUCAUCAGUGUGGUGACCAUGGUAACUUGUUCACGGACUACACCAGUAAUCCUUAUGCAGAGUUCAAUGUGUUUGGAGAUCCUUUUGCUGCAUACCAGGUUUUUCAUUCUGGUAUUCCCAUCACCCUGGUUCCUUUGGAUGCAACAAACACCAUCCCAAUCAAUGAGAAUUUCUUUGACACAUUUGAACAGAGUCAAAAUACAUAUGAGGCACAAUACUGCUUCAAGUCAUUGAAAAUAACUCGUGAUACAUGGUUUGACAACCAAUUCUAUACGAGUUAUUUUAUGUGGGAUUCCUUCACAUCUGGUGUGGCAACUUCAAUCAUGCGUAACUCACACAAUCAUGAUGGGGAAAAUGAUUUUGCUGAAAUGGAGUAUAUGAAUAUAACUGUAGUUACUUCAAACAAACCUUAUGGGGUGCAUGAUGGCUCCAAUCCACUCUUUAAUGGCCGUGUAGUUCCAAAAUUUAAUUUACAGAAAGGUGGAGUACAUAGUGGUCAUGUUCAGACUGGACUUCGAGAUCCAUUUUGCCUUGUGAAGAAUGGGAAGGGAAAAUGCAAGGAUGGCUAUACAGCAGAGGUAACUGGUCCAGAGGCAGUACACGUGCUAGUUGCUACAAAAGCAAAAUCUAACCGGGAUAUGAACAGCCCCUUAAACAGAGAAUUUUAUAAAAGCUUUUUGGAUGCUCUAAACCGCCCUCAAAAUGCAGGAAGAUUUAAUUUUACGACACAAUUUCCUCAUUACAAAGAAAUUCUUUACAAACCAGAUUUUGGAUCUAAAACACUUGGGAAACCAGUUGUUUUUGACAUGGAUAUGAGUGCCGGAGAUUUUCUAGCUCUAUUUUACCUCCUCAAAAUACCUGUGGAAGUGAUCAACCUCAAGGCAAUUAUAGUAAGCCCAACUGGUUGGGUAAAUGCUGCUACAAUAGAUGUCGUUUAUGAUUUACUUCAUAUGAUGGGUCGUGAUGACAUUCCAGUUGGUCUUGGAGACAUGUUUGCAAUGAACCAAUCUGAUCCAACCUUCUCAGCAGUUGGAGACUGCAAAUACAUUAAGGCUAUCCCGCAUGGGAGUGGUGGACUUAUUGACUCUGACACUCUCUAUGGUCUUGCUCGUACUUUGCCACGGAGCCCUAGAAGGUACACAGCUGAGAACUCUGUAAAGUAUGGAGCUCCUCGGGACACUGAUCACCCUAAGCUCAGACAGCUACUAGCAUUGGAAGUUUGGGAGUCUGUAGUGGAAACACUUGAACCAGGAUCUAAGAUUACCAUACUGACCAAUGGACCCCUCACUAAUCUAGCCAAGAUCAUUCUAACAAAGAAAAAUACCACCUCUCUAAUUCAGGAUGUGUAUAUAGUUGGAGGGCACAUCAGCCGUGGUCACACGGACAAAGGAAAUGUCUUUUCUGUUCCCUCCAAUGAAUAUGCAGAAUUCAACAUGUUUCUUGACCCUCUGGCUGCAAAGACAGUCUUUGAUUCGGAACUUGAUAUCACACUCAUUCCACUUGGCAUCCAGCGUAGAGUUGGUUCAUUUCCAAGGAUCUUGGAAAGGUUGCAGGAGAUAAAAACGACACCUGAAGCCAAGUUCACCCACCGUUUGCUGUCAAGGCUACACCGCUUGCAACAAAUGCACAUUAGAUAUAAACAUAUGGAUACAUUCUCCGGGGAAAUUCUUGGCGCAGUAGUCCUGGCUGGUGAUCAUUCCCCUCUGAAGCCAACUUUGCAAGUGAAGCCCAUCAGAGUCUUUGCUGAAGGUGUUGAAUCCAACGAUGGGCAAACCGUGAUCGAUGAAAAACAUGGAAAACUGAUCAAAAUAUUGGAAAAUGUGAACCCUGCAGCGUAUUAUGAUCUUUUUGCAAGUCAGCUCCGAGAUGAGAAGCAGUCUGCUGUGGUAGGCAGUUUUAAUGACCAGAGAAGAAUGUGGAACACACCAAAGAUCUGAGUUUCUUUAAGGCAAUGGGUUAAAUAUUCUUUUUUUGAUAAGUACAAUGGGUUAAAUAUUCUUUGACAACAGGAAUUGAUUUUUUUUUCUUCUUCUACUUGAUUGAUAUACAGCUGUUCCAUUUGUAUUGCUGAUGUCCUUCACACAGAAAUUCUCAUAAGACCAUGUUUCAUUAGGAAGUGGUCACUAUGCUUUGUAGUUACCUCGAUGAAAGCCAAAAAAAUAAAAAUAAAAUAAAAGGUGUACAGGAUAGAUGACACGAAAACACCAUUCAUAGUUGUUCUUUUUCUUAAUCUUUGUUGAAGCAAAUUCUUUAUUGUCUUUAGUUUUUAUUUUACCUCCAUCCUAUCAA